GAAAAUAAAACAGAAACAGGGCAGGCUCUGGCAUUAACUGUUGCCUGUGGCAUUCGGCAUUGUUCAGCGGUAGAGGAAACCAAAAAAAUUACAAAACAUAAAUAAACUCGUAGCCAAAAUUCCAUCUAGUAUUCUAGUAACAUGUCUGAGCAGCAAGCCUCCCUGCUGCUGCGUCGCCAGCUCACAGAGCUUCAUCGCAAUCCCGUUGAGGGCUUCUCCGCUGGCUUGAUCAACGAUGCGGACAUCUUCAAGUGGGAGGUGGUGAUCAUUGGGCCAGCGGAUACACUGUACGAGGGCGGCUGCUUCAAGGCACAUCUCAUCUUUCCCAAGGAGUAUCCGCUGCGACCGCCGCACAUGAAGUUUGUCACCGAGAUCUGGCAUCCCAACAUAGACAAGUCGGGCGACGUUUGCAUUUCCAUUCUGCACGAGCCCGGCGACGACAAGUGGGGCUACGAGAAGGCCGAGGAGCGCUGGCUGCCCGUGCACACCGUGGAGACGAUACUCCUAUCGGUCAUAUCGAUGUUGACAGAUCCUAACAGUGAGUCUGCGGCCAAUGUGGAUGCUGCCAAGGAGUAUCGCGAGGAUCAUGCCGAGUUCAAGCGCAAAGUUGCACGCUGCGUGAGACGCAGCCAGGAGGAGGUGUAGUUGGGGUUGAGAUUGAGGUUGAGGCAACAAAAAAUAAUAGCAAAAAUACUUUACAAUAAAGUUUGCGAGUUCA